UCCGACCCCUGGCUUACAUGGACAGACGUGGGCUGGGCAGCUUGGGACGUCCAGCAUUUCGAUCUCCACUCCACAGCAGCAAGCACAAGUAACCACGGCAGCAGCAUACAACCAAGCAACCCAAAGGGCCGCAGAAUUGGAACGGGAACUAGGAUCCGUCCGGGCAAAACUUGAACAGCAGCAGCUGGAUGGCCAGGCGCUUGCCUCGCAAAUGGAGAGCCUUAAGAACGAGCUAGCGGCUGAGCGCAGUCGUCGAGAAGACCUCGAAAGGCAGCUGCAUGCAACAUCGACGGCGCAUCAAUCCCUCCAAACCGAUCACGACCGGCUGCUUGCCGAGCUGGCUGCCGCGCUGCGCGACCGCGACCUGCUCACCUCCUCGCGCGCCGCCACGCUGCGGGAGCUGGAGGACCGCCACGCGGAGGUGACACGGCUGCAGCGGCAGCUGGAGCAGGCGAGGGCGGCGGCGGAGGCCAGCGCAGCGGUGGCGGCAGCAGCGGGAGCGGGGGCGCAAGGGGGAGAGGGAGCAGGAGGGCAUUGCGCUGCUGGCAGCGCUGUGGAGGGGGCAACUGCGGCGCGUGGACAGAGAGGAGUUGGAAAGGUUUCGCCUCGAAGCAUGGGCAGCGCCGUCGCCCCCAUGCGCUAUGGCAGCGCUGGCAGUGGCAGCCGGCUGGGCCCCGGCGGAGGGGGCUCCGCCUCCUGCCUCAGCGCAGCGGCUGCAGCGGAGGAGGAGGAGCGCUGGGCUCUGAGGCUACACAAGGCAGAGCGGGCUUUGGAGGAGGAGCGGCGCGUGAGUGAGGACCUGCGGGGGCAGCUGGCGGCGGCGGCGGCGGAGGCGCGGGAGGGGCGAGCGGCGCUGCAGAGGUUGCGGCAGCUUGAGUGCGAGUUGGAAGAUCGCACCGACGGAGCAGCAGCCACCACGACCGCAGCUGCUGCUGCUACCAGCCCUGCAGCUGCGGACGGCAGCAGCUCCCGUGGCGGCCGCCCCUCUUCCCUCAUGACCUCCACCCUCAGCGAGCCGUUGCCCUUGUCCUCGCCAGUUGCCUGCAACCGCCUGCAACCGCUGUACGGCAACGGCCUCGGCGGCAACAGCCUUCAACCUCCUGCUUUCUACCAUGCCAGCAGCGCCGCAGCGGCUAGCGGUGCUGCGGGAGGCAGCGGCUUGACCGGCAUGGCUAGCGCACCCCCUGGGGGCAGCAUGGGUGCUGCGGGCCCUGCUGUGGGGGCCGCCGGGUGGGGUGCGGCCGGCGGCAUGCGCGGCAGUGGCGGCGGGGGCGGUGGGUCCUCGGGCAGUGGCAGCGGUGUUGGUGCUGGCGGUGUUGGCGGCUGCCGGUUGGAGGAGCAGGUGGCGAGGUUGAAGAGGGAGGUGGAUCUGCUCCGCGGGGAGCUGCACCGGGCCGCCGCCGCGGAGGAGUCGCACCGCGUGGCCCUGCGCGCCGCGGAGGACCGCUGUCGGGCCGCCGAGCUGGUGGGGCUGGACGCGCGGCGGCAGUGCGAGCGGGCGGCGGGCACCAUCGAGCGGCUGAUUGAGGAAAACAGCGAGCUGGCGGGCAGGCUGAAUGCGCAGGCCAAUGCGAUGGCGGAGAACCGAGUGGCGGCGGCCCGGAAGGACGCGGCUCUCAGGGCGCUGGAGGCCCGGCUGGCUGCUGUGGUUGAGGCACCAGGGGGAGGGGCACCGCCGAGGAGUUGCGAACAGGCAGCAGCUUCUGCCACUGCUACUGCUGCGUCGAGGCAGACCCAGACCCAGGCACAGCCGCAGCCGCAGCCUCAUUCCUCACAUCAUCAACAACCGCAUCCAGGGCUGAGCCAGAAUGAGUUCCUGGAGUCACGGACAGGAGCUGCGGGGACAGCAACCUCAGGCUCGGCCCUGGCAGUGACCCGUGGGUCAGUAUCGGCGGACCCACCUUCCCGGGCCCGUGUGGAGGAGGAGGAGGAGGAAGCAACCACCACCCCUUUGCAAGGAUCGCAACAAGCCACCAUGCAGCAGGCGGGUCGCUCUGUUAGUGUUAGCGUCAGCGGCGGUGGAGGUGGAGGUGGCGCCAGCGGAGACGCUGCCUUGCUGCUCGGCGGGUCUCUGCUGAGCGAGGCGGAUUGGAAGUUGGUAAUGCUAGCGGAGGAGGUCCGGCGGCUGGUGCGGGAGGUGGCGCUGGCGAGCACUGCCUGCGCCGCCAUGCAGGUCCGCAGCCAACAGCUCCAGAACCACCACAACCGCCACAACCGCCAGCAGCCGCACGUCAACCACCACGAUGCCUCCUCUCAAGCACACCCCUGCCCUACCCGCGGCGACCUCUCUGCUGCUGCAAUCCGCGGCCAUCCCUCUUCCUCUUCCUCCUCGCAGCCUACUGCAACAUCAUCAACAACACCCACAUCAACAACAACAGUUCCGGUGGCAGGGUCAGCAGCAGCAGCAGCAGCCCCCCCACCGCCGCCCGACCUGCCUCGCAUCCUGUCCCGGCUGGAGGGUCUGUCCGGGCGGCGGCUGGGUGCGGGUGAGACCGCUGCCUACAUCCUGGAGCUGGCGGGUCACAUGGAGGCGCUGGAGGAGCUGCUAGGGGAGCUGCAGCGGAGCAUGGAGGAGGGGGAGGAGGGGCGGGAGGCAGCAGGGAGGGGGGCUGAGGCGGCAGCAGCAGCUGUGGGGGG